CGUUUGCUUGUCACAUCCGCUCCUAACAAUUAAAUAUUUAAACAUGUAAAUAUGCAAUUACAUUGCACGAAUCAGUGGUUACAGAGCUGUUUUUUAUUUUGACUUUUUUGCACCCACACAAAAAUAACGAAUCCUUAAGUGUGUGGAAAAAAGAAAGAUGUCGGAAAUUCGCAAAAGAAGAAUCGGCGAUACGGUCGAAACGCGGGAUGUUAGCGAUGAUCAGAAAGAAGAUGUGGAAUCUGAAGAUGAUGCAAAGGAAGUUGAGGAAUUGGCUAAAGCUAUACCACAAGGAACAGAUCAUACUCCUCAUAUUUUGGAUUCAGCACUUUCUGGCUUAUCCGAUCGCUGGAAAAAUUGGGUGAUCAGAAGUAUUUUUACCUUGUUUAUGAUUGCUGGAUUUUGUGGUAUUAUUUAUAUUGGACCGUUAGCAUUGAUGGCUACAACAUUAAUUGUACAAGUAAAAUGUUUCCAAGAAAUCAUUAACAUUGGGUAUGCAGUUUACAGAAUUCAUGGUUUACCAUGGUUCAGAUCUUUAUCAUGGUAUUUUUUAAUUACUUCUAAUUAUUUCUUUUAUGGAGAAAAUUUAAUGGACUAUUUUGCUGUAGUAAUUAACCGUACAGAAUACUUACGCGUACUUGUUACCUAUCAUCGUUUCAUUUCAUUUUGUCUAUAUAUCGUUGGUUUUGUAUGGUUUGUAUUGUCACUUGUAAAAAAGUAUUAUAUGAAACAAUUUUCUUUAUUCGCUUGGACUCAUGUUGCUCUACUUAUUGUUGUUACACAAAGUUAUCUUAUAAUUAAAAAUAUUUUUGAAGGCUUGAUAUGGUUCAUUGUUCCAGUCAGUAUGAUAGUAAUAAAUGAUGUAAUGGCAUACAUGUUUGGUUUCUUCUUUGGUAAGACACCUUUGAUUAAAUUAUCACCAAAAAAGACUUGGGAAGGCUUUAUAGGUGGUGGUAUUUCAACAGUCUUGCUUAGUUUACUGAUAUCUUACUUCAUGUGUCAGUAUCGUUACUUUGUUUGUCCCAUAGAAUAUAGUGAAAUUUUAGGACAAAUGACUAUGGAUUGUGAACCAUCUCCUUUGUUCCAACUUCAAGAAUAUACUUUACCUAAUAGUUUGCAAAUUGUAUGGAAGAUGUUUAGUGGGAAGUCCACCAUAACUCUCUAUCCAUUUUUACUUCAUUCAUUAUCAAUGUCAGUAUUUAGUUCCGUAAUUGGACCAUUUGGAGGUUUCUUUGCUAGUGGUUUUAAAAGAGCAUUCAAAAUUAAGGACUUUGGAGAUGUUAUUCCUGGUCAUGGAGGAAUAAUGGAUAGAUUUGACUGUCAGUAUUUAAUGGCAACAUUUGUAAAUGUUUAUAUAUCUUCAUUUAUUCAAACUUCUUCACCUCAAAAACUUCUGCAGCAGGUUUAUAGCUUAAAACCAGAACAGCAGUUACAAUUGUUUCAAACUUUAAAAGAUUCCUUACAAAACAGAGGUUUAUUGAAUGUCUAUUGAUGUUCUAGUAUUAAUGGUAAUUAUUAAUAAUCAAUAGAAUUAUUUAAACUUGCAAAAAAUGUUAGAAAUAACAUUUAUUUGGCUAUUGUGUAAUGUAUGUUUGUGCAAAUGGCAUUAACAAUAUUAAUCAUAAUGCAUAUGUCAUAUAAACAGCAUUAACAAUAUUAGUCACAAGAUAUCCUAAAUUAGAUUAUAUAUUGAAAGAAUUUAUUUUAUAAUUAGAGAUUAAGAAACAUGCAAUAUUUGUAGUUCUUUUGCAUUCCGCAUAAAUAGUCCAUUUUCUACCAAAAAUUUAUUCUACUGUGAUGAUAAUAAAAAUUUGACUACUUAUUUCUUUUAUAAUAAUUAAACCAAAGAAUAUUGUGUGUUAUAAAACACAAGCUUCCAUUUUCUUAUAAAUAUUUAAAACGACCAUUAAAUAUUUUUUAAAUGUUUUCUUUCAUAAAUUAUAUCGUAAUAAUUAAUUUAUUACUAAACAAAUUUUAUGUAAACAUUUACUCAAGAUUACAUACACAUACUUAAAUCAAUCAGAUCUCGAUAUACUUAUAUAUUUUUAAAUCCUUAUUGUGCAUUUAACAAUUGUAGUAUUAAAGUAUCUGAGUAUCUUUCAUAAAGUUUAUUUUAUGCAUAUAUUUUAAGAUAAUAAAUAUCAUUUGUAAAUUUUAUUUAGAACGUCAAUAACUUUAAUUAAGCAGACAACAUUAAUUGUCUUAUAAAAUAUUUCGUUAAUUAGUUACCAGUUAUAUAAUAUGUAUUUAUCUGUUUAUAAUUGAAAGCAGUUAACUAAUGUUAACUAUUUUUAAUGAUAAAUCAUAUUUUUAUUAGAAUCAGUGCCAUGUUGUCAUAUAAGUAUUCAGAUGAAAAUGUCUUAUAGCUGAUACAAAACAUUGAUUAAAUACAAAACAUUUUCAAAGAAUAUAAUUUAAAUAAAAUAAAAUACGUUAUUAAUAUUUUAUUAUCAAAUUUUUGUAACUAUUUUUAUAUACAAUACUUACUUAAUAUCAUGGCACUGAAUAUUAUUUUACUUUAAUUAUACAUAGAAUUUUAUAAAAGAAAAGAUAAACAGAGUUCAUUUCUGCUUAUCUUUAAUUUUAUUAUAAACAAAAAUUAAGUGGAAAUGUAACUGUAAAUGUUCUUCACAAUUUAGUACCUUUUUACUAUAUCUUUUAAAUAUUAAUUUUAUAUUAAUAAGGUUAGUGUAUAAGUAGAAACAUAACAUUUGCAAAAAUUAAAAAUUUUAAUUGAAUGAGAAACUGAGUAUUACAAAAUGUUAUAUUUCAAAUUAUUUUAUAUUAUAGCUUUAAAUUGUGCCAAUAGUUUAUGAAAAUAAAUAAAUCGUACAUUUGUGUAAAUAUGUGAAAAAUAUUAAUAUACACAACUAAAUAUUAUUGUGUGAUUACAUUACAUUUCCAAUUGAAAGUUCACAUAUGUUUUACAUUAUACUUUAUAGUUCAUAUAUACUUUUUAGCAAAUUAUACAAUUUAAUUAAACAUUAAUUAAAUAUUUAUACAUUUCUUUAUCAAUAGAUGUUUAUACGUUUCAAUAUUGGAAAUAGAAUGUUAAAAACUUAUAUGUGUAUAAAAAUUAAGAACAAACAGUAAUAGAUAAAUGAAUAAAUACAAGUAUAUUUAUUUAAUAGAGAGCAUAAUAAAAUAAAUAAAUAUAUAUAUACAUAUAUACAUAUGAAAAAAAAUUGUGACAUGACAGAUGUGUUAUAGAUUCUUAACUAAAAGUGACUUAAGUUUAAAUGAAUAAUAUAUUUAUGUAGUAGUAUAAAAAAAUAAACUUCUUGGAAAUGUUA